UAAGUAAUACAACAGCAAAACAAUUUAAUCACUGCGGCAUUGCAUUUAACGCGAUCCCAAAGCAAAAAAAUAAAAAUAAAAAUUACAAAAAUAAAACAAUUAAGAAAACAAAGUAAAGAACAACAACAAAUUGCACAAGAAACGCUCAAAUCGGUUAACAGGGAGGGGGUUGGUUGUCGCUAGCCAAUACUCAAACCCAUUUAACCAGCACUAGACAAAGCAGCUGCAGCUGCAGCUGCAGCGGCAACGGCGACACUAAAACAACAACAACAACAACCAACAAAAACAGUAAUAACAAAUAGUUCUUUGCUGCCGUCGCUUGCUGUCCCGCACGCUCUCUUUCAUUCGCACUGCUGCGAUUUGGUGGGGGUGUAGAGUGUAGCGCGUGCUCAAACAAAAACAAAGCACCAGAAACAGAAAGAAAAAAACCAAGCACACAAACACACAUAUACAUAGUCACACACACACACGCAUAUACACGCUCACUCUUAGAGACACAAGGAGAAAAACAACAAAAUCACAACAUAGUAGUUCCGCAUUUGAUAUAAGACAAAUACAAACAUUAUUACAUAGAGCACGUUUAGGCGUGUGAAUGCAAGCAGCAGCGAAGCAACACAGCAAUAGCAACAAAUAAACAAUAAUCAAAUAACCAAAUAACCAAGGACGUAUGUGCAGGACACACAUACGCAAACCAAAUGGAUGUCCUGGAAUUGCUCCGUGCGAGCGUUAACGGCUGUUAUAACAUAUUAUUCUCAGAUACCUGGUGUCAAUAUGUCUUCAAGCAAAUCGCCACAACGAUGUACUGGUAUGGCGCGUUGCUGGUUAUCGGAGUACUGUUUAUUGCCUGGUUCCUGUAUUUCAAGCGUCUUGCCACGGUGCGCCUGCGCGAUGAGAAUGCCCGUUCGCUGAGUGCUGUCACCGCCGCCUCUGGCGGCGAUCAUCGCGGCUUGCGAUUUCGCAAACGCGACAAAAUGCUCUUCUAUGGUCGCCGCAUGCUGCGCAAAAUGAAAAACGUCAGCGGCCAAAUGUACAGCAGCGGCAAGGGAUAUAAACGUCGUGCAGUGAUGCGCUUCGCUCGCCGCAUCCUACAGCUACAGCGCGAGAAUCGUCCGCUCGAAAUGAAGACAGUUGAACCACCGGCGGAAUAUCUGGAGGAGACCAUCGAUGGCAGCGAUCGUGUGCCACCGGAUGCUCUCUAUAUGCUCCAAAGUAUUCGCAUCUUUGGUCAUUUCGAGAAGCCGAUCUUCCUGAAGCUCUGCAAGCACACCCAACUGCUUCAGCUAAUGGCCGGCGACUAUCUGUUCAAGAUAACCGAUCCGGAUGACAGCGUCUACAUCGUCCAGUCGGGCAUGAUCAAUGUCUACAUUUGCAAUGCCGAUGGCAGCACACUCUCCUUGAAAACGGUGCGCAAGGGUGAAUCGGUGACAUCGUUGCUUAGCUUCAUCGAUGUCCUAUCUGGGAAUUCCAGCUACUACAAGACGGUUACGGCCAAGGCCAUGGAGAAGUCGGUUGUCAUUCGGUUGCCUAUGCAGGCUUUCGAGGAGGUGUUCAACGAAAAUCCGGAUGUGAUGAUACGUGUGAUACAGGUGAUAAUGAUACGGCUGCAGCGUGUGCUCUUCACAGCGUUGCGUAAUUAUUUAGGCCUUAAUGCGGAGCUCGUGCAGAAUCAUAUGCGAAUCAAGGGCAGCAUCCCAAUGCCCGUGUCGGUACCUGGAACGGUACUCUCUCAGACAUCGCAGGCAUCACGUGCGAUGGUUUCACGGCCAACAACAUCGCCAGUCUCACGGCUGUCACGCGAGGAGCAUACACUCUCCGAUCCGGAUCCCAAUCCGAACGCCAGUGCCCUGCUCUUUGCCGAGGUGCACGGCGAUGCGCCCUACAUUGAUCUGUACCACCAUCAGCAGCAGCAGUCGAGCGGCGUCUCGACCAGUGGAACGCGCCGCAGCUCAGGCACUUUUACACCCACUGGCAGUGGUGCCGAAUCACCGAAUGGCACGGGCAAUGCCAACGUCACCAUCACCAACAUCGAUCAGCGUCUCGUGCAGUCAUCUGCCGUCGACAGUUUGCGCCGUGAGCUUGGCCUCAGCGAAGAGGAUGCUAGCAUUAUUGAGCCGUUCGUUGAGGUCCGCGAACUGGAGCCAAAUGUCACGCUAAUCACCGAGGGCAAUGCCGACGAUGUGUGCAUUUGGUUUGUGAUGACCGGCACCCUGGCCGUCUAUCAAAGCAAUGCGGAUGCCACACGUGCCGCCAAACAGGACAGCAAAAACGAUAUGCUCAUCCAUUUCGUGCAUCCCGGCGAAAUUGUUGGCGGCCUGGCCAUGCUCACCGGCGAGGCGAGUGCGUAUACCAUCAGGGCGCGCAGCAAUAGCCGCAUCGCCUAUAUACGGCGUGCUGCCAUCUAUCAAAUCAUGCGUCAGCGUCCGCGCAUUGUGCUCGAUUUGGGCAAUGGAGUGGUGCGUCGCCUGUCGCCUUUGGUGCGUCAGUGUGAUUAUGCUCUGGAUUGGAUAUUUCUGGAGUCGGGACGCGCCGUCUAUCGGCAGGACGAGAGCAGCGAUAGCACAUAUAUUGUGCUGAGCGGACGCAUGCGUUCGGUUAUCACACAUCCCGGCGGCAAAAAGGAGAUCAUCGGCGAAUACGGCAAAGGCGAUCUGGUGGGCAUUGUCGAAAUGAUAACCGAAACGUCGCGCACCACAACGGUGAUGGCUGUGCGCGAUUCGGAGCUGGCCAAACUGCCGGAGGGUCUGUUCAAUGCGAUCAAAUUGCGAUAUCCGAUUGUGGUUACUCGGCUAAUUAGUUUCCUGAGCCAUCGCUUCCUUGGCUCGAUGCAGACACGCGGCGCCAAUGCGUCCGGUGCACCCGUCGAGGCAAAUCCCGUAACGCACAAAUAUUCAACAGUGGCACUCGUCCCCAUCACAGACGAUGUGCCAAUCACACCCUUCACCUACGAGCUAUAUCAUUCACUCUGUGCCAUUGGUCCUGUGCUGCGUCUCACAUCGGAGGUGGUGCGCAAGCAGUUGGGCAACAAUAUAUUUGAGGCGUCCAACGAAUACCGUCUGACCUCGUGGCUGGCUCAGCAGGAGGACCGCAACAUAAUCACGCUCUAUCAAUGCGACAGUUCGCUGAGUCCCUGGACACAGCGCUGCAUGCGUCAAGCCGAUGUGGUGCUAAUUGUUGGCCUGGGCGAGCGUUCCCAUAUGGUUGGCAAAUUCGAGCGGGAAAUCGAUAAGCUCGCGAUGCGCACACAAAAGGAGCUCGUCCUGCUCUAUCCAGAGACAACGAACGCCAAGCCAGCGAACACGCUUAGCUGGCUCAAUGCACGUCCCUGGGUGACCAAGCAUCAUCAUGUGCUCUGUGUCAAACGCAUCUUCACCCGCAAGAGUCAAUAUCGCAUUAAUGAUCUUUAUAGCCGCGUGCUGCUGUCUGAGCCGAACAUGCAUUCCGAUUUCUCUCGUCUGGCUCGCUGGCUGACUGGCAAUUCGAUUGGCUUGGUCUUGGGUGGUGGCGGUGCUCGCGGUGCUGCCCAUAUUGGCAUGCUGAAGGCCAUACAGGAGGCGGGCAUACCCAUUGAUAUGGUCGGUGGCGUCAGCAUUGGCGCCCUAAUGGGCGCCCUCUGGUGUUCGGAGCGUAACAUAACAACCGUUACGCAGAAGGCGCGCGAAUGGUCAAAAAAAAUGACAAAAUGGUUCCUUCAACUACUGGACCUCACAUACCCCAUAACAUCGAUGUUCUCAGGCCGUGAAUUCAAUAAGACCAUACACGAUACCUUUGGCGAUGUGAGCAUUGAGGAUCUGUGGAUACCCUAUUUCACGCUCACCACUGACAUAACGGCCAGUUGCCAUCGCAUUCACACCAACGGUCAUCUGUGGCGUUAUUGCCGUGCCAGCAUGUCUAUUGCCGGCGUCUUUCCGCCCUUCUGUGAUUAUCGUGACGGGCACCUGCUGCUCGAUGGAUGCUAUACGAACAAUGUGCCAGCCGAUGUUAUGCACAAUCUGGGCGCCGCACACAUAAUUGCCAUCGAUGUGGGCUCACAGGACGACACGGAUCUGACCAACUAUGGCGACGAUCUCAGCGGCUGGUGGCUGCUCUACAAGAAGUGGAAUCCAUUUACGUCGCCAGUGAAAGUGCCCGAUCUGCCCGACAUACAGUCCCGCUUAGCCUACGUGUCCUGCGUGCGGCAACUAGAGGAAGUGAAAAACUCCGAUUACUGCGAAUACAUACGGCCGCCCAUUGAUAAAUAUAAGACACUCGCCUUUGGCAGCUUCGAUGAGAUACGCGACGUGGGCUACGUCUUUGGCAAGAACUACUUUGAUAAUAUGGCCAAGGCGGGUCGCCUGGGUCGCUUCAAUCAGUGGUUCAACAAGGAGCCGCCAAAGCGUGGCAACCACGCCUCCCUCAAUGAAUACACAUUCAUUGAUCUGGCGCAGAUCGUCUGCAAGCUGCCCGAGACGUAUGCCUUGAAUGCGGUUGAUAUAUUUAGCGAGGACGAGGACUUUGAUGGCUACAUCUCGGAGCCAACGACUCUCAAUAUGGAUCGCCAUCGCAUCCAGGUGCCACGGGCUGGCAACUCGCUAUCUUUCUCAGAGACUGAACUGGACUCGGAUGUGGAGAUCGAUCUGGAGCUGGAACGCAAGGUGGAUAAGUCGACGCAAUCGACGCCGCCGACGCCAAACAAAAAGCAGCCAUCGACGCCCACAUCCAGCCAGGGGAAUCUAUUGCAUUUGCCAUUGAAUAUCAAGGCAAAGGAUAAGAUACAAAUUCUCGAUAAGCUGGACAGGGAGCACAAGCGCCGACAGAAAUCGAAACACAAGCGCGACAGAUCGAUGCAGCGUGACAGCAAAGCCACAUUGCAUCCGGCCGCAUUGCAUCCGGCCACAAUGACCGAGGCGACAACGCAAACGCCAGCCAACGAGGUCGAGGUGGACGCGAAGCAGGAUCGACAGCGGGAACAGCAGCAGGAGGACGAGCAGCAGCAGCCGGACCCGGAGAAUAUUAUAAAAAGCGAUACCAAAAACUAGCUAUAAAUAUGAAAGACACACACAAACAUACACACACAUAC